AUGGACUCGUUUGUCGCCAUAAAAAUCGACCGGCGGGAAAUCGGAGAGCUGAGAGAGAAUGUCGCCGUACUUCGUGAUCCACCAAUUGUGGUACUCGAGAAUGACGAAAACGACCCUCUUGUCGAACUUUUGGGAGAGAUUACCGGUGUACCCUCCGGUAGAGAAGAACACGGCCGGGACAUCGUGGAUGACGUCACACUUAUGGUGGGCCCGGCCCGAUUUUCUUCGGACGACGAGGUCCAAUUCGCCGACCGUGUCCAUCACGCUGGUUUCCCAUUUUCGAGUGUAGGGCCGGAUUUUCUCCCUGCGGAUUGGGCCGGAUUCGGGCCCACCGGAUUUGGAGGGGAUGGGAUCAUCGGGGCCGUUGGAUUCGUAGAGAGUGAUGGAGGAAGAUGGGGAGUGGGUUCGCACGUCGCCUUUCAUUAUGCAUACGUCUGUUCUUAUGCUCGUUCGGUCACAACAGAUGGUGCCUAA